AUGGUCUUCAUGGACAAAAUGUUUACGCAUUUACCACAUUUGAAAGAACUAAAUUUUUCGAAUAAUCAUAUCGAGUAUAUGACAUUAUCGCCCUCUACAACUUUGACCACAUUCAGAUUAUCAGGAAACCACUUAACUAAGUUUCCCAAGUUUUGUGAACAAAGUAAAGCUUUAUUUCCAAAUCUACAGAAACUUUAUAUCGACAGAAAUUGCAUAUACAAAAUUGCUAGUAGCAGAAUAGAUUGCCUCAAGAAACUCAAAUACCUGAAUAUAUCUGAAUUGCACAUGGAGAUUAUACCAAAUAAUCUGUUUAGCAAAUUAACUUCACUGAGAAGAUUGUAUAUUGAACAUAGUGAUAGUCUGAAGAGUAUACACCCUUUAGCUUUCAACAGUUCUAGUUUGGACACUCUCUUCAUUCGCAGCAACAAAUUAUUUUUUUAUGAACCUUAUGUUAACCCACGGUCAAUUUUAGCCAACACUCCGAAUUUAAAAUACUUGGACAUUUCUGACAAUAUUUUGGGCAAGAUGUCUGAACGUGAUUGGACAGAAAUGCUAAAAUGUGUGCCGAAGUUAUUGUUCUUGGGUAUUAGCAUGGGAGAGAUCGAAAAGCUCCCAGAAGUCGUUCCCGGGUAUCUACACAAUCUGAAUGAUUUUAGAGCUGAAUACAAUGGAAUUACCAAAAUCCCAGCGAAUUAUUUGUCACCAUUGAAGAAACUGCUACAGCUCUAUCUAAACGACAACAAACUAUCAAAAAUCAACGAGGGCGACCUUCCUAAAUCUUUAGAAAUCAUCAAUUUAGCCUUUAACCCGUUUGUUUGUGACUGUAGAUUACUUUGGUUUAAGAACUUCAUUGAGAAAAAUCCCCAAAUUUUCCCCUACUAUCCGCGACUGUAUUUAUGUGAAAAUGAGAAGCCACUCGCUGAUUUUAGAAUCACAAUUAAAUCUUGCCUCUUUAGCCAGAAAAUUAACAACAUUAUUAUGAGUACUUCCUUAGGUUUGGUGUGUUUAGUAUUGGGAUUUUCUGUCGUUUACCACUACAGAUGGCGUUUGCGGUAUUUUGUUCACGUUUUGAAUCUCCACAGAAGGAAAUAUUUCAGUUCAAACGGUCAGAGAUUUCUAUAUGAUAUAUAUGUAGUCUGUGCUAAUAUCAGCUGUGAAGAAGUAUAUAUUAGAGAAAACUUGGUUACAAUAUUGGAAAACGAUGGUAAAACAGUUUUCUUUCCUCGACGUGACGCAUCACCAAAUAAACCAACUGUGACACAAACAUUAGAACAAAUGGAUAGAAGUAAAUGUAUUCUAAUCUGUAUUUCUGAUGCCUUUUCUUCAGACCAACUCUGUGAAUUUCAAGUUAACAUGGCAUUAGAACGUUCAAUACACGAUAGAGACUGUACAGUUAUUGUUGUUAUUUUAGAAGAACUUUCUCCUGAUAAUGUCAAUAAAACAAUCAAUCAUUUAUUAAGGACACAUCAAAAUUAUCUUCUUUGGGAUGAAGAAGUAGAGGCAAAUGCGUUAUUUUGGAGAAAAUUUAAUGAAUAUAUUUGA